AUGCCGCUCCCUGGCUGUUUGGAGCGACCCAGGGCAGACGAAGUCACACAGCUUUUCUCGAGCCGAGAUCUUGAGUUGCAGUGCAAUUGUAAUGAUGAGACUACCUCGUCAGAAGAUAGUUUGCUUCCGGCCUGCAGACAUGGCGUUGCUGGCGAAGGCUGGAGCCGACUUCAGUGCCGUGAAUGCGACAAGCUAAACUGCAUUGCAAUGCGCGGCUUGGAGCAGCCACACUGA